CACAGGCCGACUACCCGUCCCGAACAGUCGUUUCCAACGCUCCAGAUGCACAACAAGGCGCCUCUGCAAAAUGCAAAGAGGAGAGAGGGAUUGGUGGAUUUAGAGAGACCAUGGUGCGAUUCACUCACUAUAAUUUCACCUUCAGAACCCUAACCCUAACUACCAUCAUUUCUCUCUUCUCUUCCUCUUCCUUAAAAAAUGGCGUCCAUUCAUCUCCCUUGCCUCUGAAGCUCUUUCAAAACCCCACAUUUUCAUCAUCCAACAACAUCCAUAAGAAGAAGAAGAAGAAGAAGAAGAAGGAGAGUGCAAGAACCAUGAUGGUCCAGCCAUUGUUGCAGAGGAACGAUGUCCUGGAAGCCAUUGUAGAGAGAGACUCAUGCUUUCGGUUCUUGACCAGAACAAAGGAUUUCCUUUCUAAACAACCAGAGCAAGUGCUCCAACUCGAUGAAGCAGGUAAAAUGCACAGAGAUUUAGGGUUUCCAAGGGGUCGAAAGGUUGCUAGAUCAAUAGAGAGGCACCCUUCUCUGUUGCAGUUUCACAGGCACACAGACAACAAGAUGUGGUUUGGUUUCACACCAUUAAUGGAAGAUUUGUUAGAGGAAGAGAAGAAGAUCAUGGAUUCGAUGGAGAAAUCUAGGGUUAAUGUGGUUCGAAAGCUUCUCAUGAUGUCUUCUAAGAAGCGAUUAGCUAUGAGCAAGAUCAACCAUUGCAGACACCUCUUUGGAAUCCCCGAUGACUUCAGAGACCGAGUUCACGGAUAUCCAAAGUAUUUCAGAGUCGUUCAGGAAGGUGAAAAGAGGGUUCUCGAGCUCACGAGUUGGGACUCUUCUCUAUCAAUAAGUGCCCUAGAAUCUGAAUUCAUGGUUGACGAAGAUAAAGUCAAAAAAGCUUUUACCUUUCCAGUACCUCAUGGCAAGCAUUUGAAUCUGGGAAAGGAAGGAACAAAGAAGUUGAACAUGUUGAAUUUUCUUCCUCUGGUUUCGCCUUACUCUGAUGGGUCAGGAUUGAAGCUCUGGUCUAUAGAGGCUGAGAAAUACAGGCUUGGGGUUAUCCAUGAAUUCCUUAGCUUGACAUUGGAGAAGAGGGCUUCAAUACACCAUCUAGUGGAAUUCAAGGAAGAAUUCAAUCUUACUAAGCAUACAUAUCACAUGCUUUUGAUUCAACCAAGGACAUUUUAUCUUGCUGGUACAGAGAUGAAUUGGACUGUGUUUUUGAAGGAUGCUUAUGACGAGAAUGGCUUGAUUGAGAAGGACCCACAAGUGCUUUUCAAUGAGAAGUUAUAUAGAUAUGCUGGUAUAGGGAAGGGAACUAAAGAAGGUAGAAUUGUAGAGCCUGCCCAUGAAGCUUAUUGAAGAUUUUGACUCUAGCAUGCUUAUGCUUGAAUGGUUUAGUGUCCCACGGUGAACCCAUCAAAGAAGAUGAAGAAUGGAAAUUAAAACUUUGUUCUGUGUAUAAUUACAAUGGGAGCUUCUUGAGUGGGGAACAGAAUCAGCUGUAUUUCAUGCCAUGGUCUCAAUUAAAGAGCUAUUCAACUAAGUGAACUGCAUGUGUAAGUGCCAAUAUGGGAAUUCAUUCUUCCUUUAUGAUUGAUAUACCAACAUUUACGUUGAGGAGAGUUUUAUGAAAACCAUUACUGUGAGGAAGUCUUGAAUUGAUAUGCCAACAUUCAUACUUUUA